AUGCUCACAAGGAACUGCUUAUCCCUGCUUCUCUGGGUCCUGUUUGAUGGAGGCCUCCUAACGCCACUGCAUACCCAAACACAAGAGAUUUUAGAAGCACAGCCAAGAGAAAAUGUUGUCCCAGUGCCAGAGAGGAGAUCGUCUGCCCAGCGAGUCAAGCGAGGCUGGGUGUGGAAUCAGUUUUUUGUGCUGGAGGAGUACAUGGGCUCUGAACCUCAGUAUGUUGGAAAGCUUCAUUCUGACUUGGACAAGGGAGUUGGCACUGUUAAAUAUACCCUUUCAGGAGAUGGUGCUGGCACAGUUUUCACCAUCGAUGAGACCACAGGAGAUAUUCAUGCCAUAAGGAGCCUAGAUCGAGAAGAAAAACCUUUCUACACACUCCGGGCUCAGGCUGUGGAUGUUGACACCAAGAAACCACUAGAGCCUGAAUCAGAGUUCAUCAUCAAAGUGCAGGACAUUAAUGAUAAUGAGCCAAAGUUUCUGGAUGGGCCUUAUGUUGCCAGCGUCCCAGAAAUGUCUCCAGUGGGAGCAUAUGUGCUUCAAGUAAAGGCGACAGAUGCUGAUGAUCCCACUUAUGGAAACAGUGCUAGAGUGGUUUACAGCAUUCUUCAGGGACAACCAUAUUUCUCCAUUGAUCCCAAGACAGGUGUCAUAAGAACAGCUUUACCAAAUAUGGACAGAGAAGUGAAAGAACAAUACCAAGUUCUAAUCCAAGCCAAGGACAUGGGAGGACAGCUGGGAGGACUAGCUGGUACUACUACUGUAAACAUAACUCUCACGGAUGUCAACGACAACCCACCCAGAUUUCCUAAGAGUAUCUUCCAUUUAAAAGUACCUGAGACCUCUCAUGUUGGUUCUGCUAUUGGACGGAUCAGAGCUGUGGACCCUGAUUUUGGGAAAAAUGCAGAAAUUGAGUACAACAUAGUUCCAGGAGAUGGAGGAAACUUGUUUGACAUCACGACAGAUGAGUACACCCAGGAAGGAGUCAUUAAACUGAAAAAGCCAUUAGACUUUGAAACAAAGAAGGCAUACACCUUCAAGGUGGAGGCCUCCAAUCUCCAUCUUGACCAUCGGUUUCACUCAGUGGGUCCAUUUAAAGAUACUGCCACUGUGAAGAUAAAUGUGUUGGACAUGGAUGAACCUCCAGUGUUCAGCAAGCCCAUGUACACGAUGGAAGUCUAUGAGGAUACACCCGUGGGGACCAUUAUAGGCGCAGUGACAGCACAGGACCUUGAUGCUGGCAGCAGCUCAGUUAGAUACUUCAUGGAUUGGAAGAAUGAUGUGGACAGCUACUUUGCAAUAGAUGCUACUGAAGGAACCAUUGCUACUAAUGAAUUACUGGACAGAGAAAGCACAGCACAAUACAAUUUCUCAAUAAUUGCAAGUAAAGUUAGUAACCCACUAUUAACCAGCAAAGUCAAUGUUAUAAUAAAUGUUUUGGAUGUCAACGAGUUUCCUCCUGAAAUUUCAGUUCCAUACGAGACAUCUGUAUGUGAAAAUGCCAAGCCAGGACAGGUGAUACAGACCAUCACUGCAGCAGAUAAAGAUUUGUCACCAGCUGGGCAAAGGUUUUCCUUCAAACUGUCUUCUGAGGCUUCCAACAAACCAAACUUCACAGUCCAUGACUACAGAAACAACACAGCUGGGAUUGAAACCAGGAGAAAUGGCUACAGCAGAAGGCAGCAAGAGCUGUACUUUCUUCCAGUAGUAAUAGAAGACAGCAGUUACCCUGUCCAGAGCAGCACAAACACUCUGACUAUCCGUGUUUGCAGAUGUGAUUCUGAUGGCACCAUCCAGUCCUGCAACGUGGAAGCAAUCUUCUUACCAGUUGGCCUCAGCACAGGAGCUCUGAUUGCAAUCUUGUUGUGUAUUGUUAUACUUCUAGUCAUUGUGGUACUGUAUGUAGCACUACGGAGGCAGAAGAAAAAGGACACCCUGAUGACCUCUAAAGAAGACAUCAGAGAUAAUGUUAUCCAUUAUGAUGAUGAAGGAGGUGGAGAAGAGGACACCCAGGCUUUUGACAUAGGAGCCCUGAGGAAUCCCAAAGUGAUUGAAGAUAACAAAAUACGCAGGGACAUAAAACCGGACACCUUGCGUUUUACACGCCACAGACCACCAGCGGAAGAUAACACAGACAUAAGAGAUUUCAUUAAUCAAAGGCUGAAGGAAAACGAUGUAGAUCCAUCUGCACCCCCUUAUGACUCCUUGGCAACCUAUGCUUAUGAGGGAAAUGGAUCUGUUGCAGAGUCUCUCAGCUCUAUAGACUCCCUCACUACAGAGGCAGAUCAGGAUUAUGACUAUCUGAGUGACUGGGGACCUCGCUUUAAGAUCUUAGCAGAUAUGUUUGGAGAAGAAAGUUAUAAUCCUGACAAAGUCACUUAA